UUUGACACUUCUGAAAACAAGCUCUUCAAUGGUGUCAGCCAGCUGUUUUUAUUCUGAAUGCAUUUGAAAACUUGCGAAAAUCAAUAUGGAUCAAAAUUGAAAAGUGACAAUAUUCCUCGGAACUGUGUCGUUGGACGAACUAACUGUUUAUUUGUAUUUUGCAAAAUUAAAAAGUGAUGCGUUGUAUUGUCGUUUCUGAAUUCGUCAUUAAACUGUACAGUUGCACUGCCGUGAAGCAAUUUAUUACGUCGUAUUUUAUUUCUGGUGUGAUGCUGAAUAUUUGAGUCCAACGCGAGAAGUAUUUUACAUCGUAUCGAUUGGAAGCUUUCCGGAUAUAUAUAGGACGGCGAGUGUGUGUCGAGUUCGUCCGAGUGUUUGCGAGUUCAGUGUAUCGCGCUGGUGAAGUGCUAGUGAUCGGACCGGACGCAGUGUAUGUGGAACCAGUCGCCUAAAGCUCGCCCGGGCAUGGUUCCGGGCAGGUAGCGGGCGCGGGUGGCCUGCGCAGGCCCCACACAAGCAGCCGCGUGUGUCUUCCAGCGUCGUCUAUGGCCGAGCAACACAUUACACCGUCGUCGCACACUGCACUCACGAGAGAGUCCAGCAGGUCUUCUCCUAGCAGGGUGGUGGGCGGCCGGUGCUUGCGUCAGGUGCGUAAAGCUAGCCGCAGUCACAGGAGACGUCACGCCUCGCCCGCAUCCCGCACGCGCCGCACCCCCAGCCGCGCCGACGAGCCGCGCACCCACGUCGAGCUGCGCCGGAGCUCGCGACUCGUCAACACCCUCCCCCGCUCCGACUACUCCACCGAGCGCUGGUCCUACGGCACCGACGUCUACGAGACCCGCUACGAUACCCCCUACAGACACGGCGACUCCAAGGGGGGCCACUCCAAGCGAGCUCGGACCUCCUCGUAUGAACGCAAGAAACUCAAACGUCUCUCGUCGAGCACGAGCGCUACGGACGAGUGCGUAGCGUACUGCACGCGCUCACGGACUGCUCUUAAAAGUGAGAGCGCUAGUGAGCAACCCAGUAAAUUGAACUGGAAACCGAACACACCGAAUUCGAGCUUGAAUAUCUCGGAGACGCGACAGGAUUCGACGUUGAACCAAUUGGAAGGUUUGCUGCCCCUGGACGAGAGGGACUUCGCCUACUCCCCGUUCAGCUCGUCGACCAUAACAGACCUCCUCGACUCCGAUUACUCCGUAUACAGUCCCACGACUAGCCGCAGGAAGGGCAAGAAGCGGAAACGCUCGACGCAUCGGUCCCUCUCCCACCGAAGAAGCAACUACUUGAUCGACUUCGAGGAGUGCAAGAAGAAGUUUAAAAUUGAAUCCGACAAGGAAAUACCGGAAUCGAGCAAGGACAGCGCUGCCAAGAGCGGAACGCUAGACUACGAGACAGGCAAAUUCGAGCCCCUGUCGUGUCAGAUCUCCUGCACAUACCGUCUGCGGAACAGGCCCCACCUUGGACCCCCCACAUCCACUGUCAUCAGUGACAGUGCAGGGGCUCCGUCAACGAGCGACGCAGCUGCGCACACGAGUGGUGAGCACAAGACCGAGUACCGGAGGCAGACUCUCACACCACCCUCCUUUAAGGAUAUUCAAGAACCAAGUUCAUCAAAGGCUCCACAUUCUGACAGCAAACUCCUGAUUGUACCCCGAGAUCUACCAUACCUUCGUCAAACAAACGCUCGAAGAAGUAUUGCAGCUGCAACGGGUGCGACCCUGGGUGCUUGCUUGACGCGGGGGGCGAGCUCGCACCAACGUCAGAGACCGGAGUCCACCUCCAAAAGACAUUCUAGCGGAGGCGAGGAGGCGGGCGGGCGAGCGGGCGGUGGGCGGCGGGCGCGGGCGCGCGAUAUGCCGCAACCGCACACGCCAUCCACGAGACGGGACAAACGAGGCAAAAGCAGUCUGGGUUCGUGUGCAAGUGCUGGUGGUGCGAUCAUCCCCCGUCGGUCUCACCCCCAGCCUCUCAAUACGGGUGCCGUUGCUUCGACAUCGUCCACACCACCAGUGACCGUCACCACCAGCGCCAUGCCGGACAACGCACCCACAGAUGGAAAGCCCAAGAACAAGGCAUCCUCCUCACUAGAGGAGUGUGCGGGCGGGGCUGGCGGGGCAGGGGCCGCGGGGGAGGAGUCGUCCUCCGAAGAGGGUGAGGUGGGCCGUCUCCAGGCGCUGCUCGAGGCGCGCGGCUUGCCCCCCCACCUGCUCGGCGCGCUGGGACCGCGCAUGCAACACCUCCUACACAGAACUGUCACCGCCAACUCGGCGGCAUCAAAAGCGGCCCAGCUGCUAGCCGGUCUGCAGGCGACGGGCGACGAGGGCCAGCAGUUGCAGGCGGUGAUCGAGAUGUGCCAGCUGUUAGUGAUGGGCAACGAGGACACGCUCGCCGGCUUCCCCGUCCGCCUGGUUGUUCCAGCCCUCGUCAACCUGCUGGGAGCUGAACAUAACUUUGAUAUGAUGAACCACGCUUGCCGCGCACUCACAUACAUGUUGGAAGCUCUGCCGCGUAGCAGCGGCGCCGUAGCUCUGGCUGUGCCGGCUUUCCUCGACAAACUCCAAGCUAUCACGUGUAUGGACGUCGCUGAACAGAGCCUCACCGCGCUGGACAUGCUCUCGCGCAGACAUUCCAAGGCUAUAUUGCAGGCUCGAGGCGUAUCCGCGUGUCUGACGUACCUGGACUUCUUCUCUAUCAACGCGCAGCGCGCAGCGCUGUCGAUCACCGCCAACUGCUGUCAGAAUCUCACGCCAGACGAGUUCCAUCUCGUCCGCGAUUCGCUACAGUUACUCGCUAACAGACUGACAAUCCAAGACAAGAAGUCUGUGGAGUGUGUCUGCCUGGCGUUCUCCCGACUCGUGGACAGUUUCCAGCAUGACCCCGCUCGCCUGCAGGAGAUUGCCACACCGGAGCUGCUGACCAACCUGCAGCAAUUGCUGGUGGUGCAGCCGGCGCUAAUAUCUGGCAGCACGUUCAUAACCGUGCUGCGGCUGCUGUGGCUGAUGUGCGCGGCGUGCCCGCAGCUCGCACUUGCCCUGCACCAACGAUCGAUUGCCGAUACUCUACUGUGUCUGCUUACCGGAUCUGCUUUACAUCAGGAGCAAGUGGAGCUCCUACCUCGUCUGCCGCAGGAGCUGUACGAGAUCACGUGCCUCAUCGGCGAGCUGAUGCCGCGUCUGCCGACCGACGGCAUAUUCGCCGUGGACGCGCACCUCGACCGACCCUGGUCGACCACUACGGACAAGUCCGCCCAGUGGCAGUGGCGAGAUGAUAGAGGUGUAUGGCGUUCGUACUCGUGGGCGGAGUCUCGCGCACUAGAGGCGGGCGCGGCGGCGGGCGAGGAGGAGGUGUGCCUCAGUACGCUCGGCCGCUCGUACACGGUCGACCUGACCGCCAUGCAACAGCUGAACGAUCAUACCGGUACCGCGCGCGCCGUGCAACGCCUGCCGCCCGCUACGCACGCUAGCGACUCGGCCGCUCCACCGCCGCCACCUGAUCCGCGUAUAGCGAUGGUCCGCAGCAACCCGUCCCUAGUGCGUGCUCUCCUGGGCGUUCUACACGAGGUGUACUGGAGCUCGGCGGGCCCAGCCGUGCGCUCGCAGGCGCUGAAGGCGAUACUACGCUGCGUGUAUUACGCCGACGCGCCAUUGUUGCGACAAGUGCUUAAAACACAGGUGAUAUCUUCACACAUCGCGGGCAUGAUGGCUUCCACUGACCUGCGCAUCGUGGUUGGCUCCCUGCAGCUGGCCGAGAUCCUUAUGCAGCGGUUGCCGGAGGAGAUGGGCGCGCAGUUCCGCCGCGAGGGAGUCCUGCACCAGGUGGCGCAGUUGGCGGAGCGCGCGCCGCAGCCCGUCGCGCAGAGGCAAACUAAGAUCAAGUCGCCAAGCGGCUCGAGUGUCCGGUCGAGCGGCGGCGCGUCCCCGCCCGCAUCCACAUCAGCAACGCUCGAUCAUAGCAAUAUGUCACUCGCAUUCUCAACUUCGGGAUCGUUCAUCGCUAGUUCACUUUUGGCAGCCAGUGAAGCGAACGUGUCUGAACCAGCGACAUCGGCAUCGACACACCCACAAUCAACAUCAGUACACCGUUCCAGUAGUCCGCUACAGUUGGCAGAGAUGUUGAAACGCAAGCGCGCGAUCAAGCGGUCCAGCGGCACUAGCGGGCGGCACGGACGCCGGCGCGACGACGCGGCGCCGCACAACGUGACGCACCCGCUACCGUCCGUCGCCGCCGUCGCCGCGGUCGCGUCGCACUCAUCAAGUGUACCGUCCGCGUCCCGUUCGGCGAGUCGUAUGAGCGGCACGUCGAAAACGUCCUCCUUCUUGUCCUCGCUCAACCCGUCGCGCUGGGGCCGCUCGCCGCACUCGCAUAAGGAGUCCGGCCUGCUCGCCUCCCCGCAUCAAUCCACCAAUCUCACCGUACAAAACAAAGAGAAAGUCCGCGAAUGGAUAACAUGGCGCGCGGGCCGUCUGCGCGGGGAGUGGGGAGCGCUGAGCGGCGGCGGCGGUGCGCUGGAGCAGCUGGCCGCGCUCGCCGCAGCACUGCCCCGCCCCCGACCCGCCUCCGCGCUGCGCCGCCUGCGCGACACGCUACGCGACCACGACGUGUCGCCGUUUGAGAUCAACCAUUCCGGUGUGCUAGGCGCUCUACUGCAGUUCCUGACGGGCGUGGACCCCGAGGCAGAGGUGACGGAAGACAAGGACGAGGAGUCGCGCGAGUCGAGCGAGCAGACCGCCGCGUGCGAGGAGCGCCUGCGUCUGUUCCUGCACGUGUUCGCUGACCUGCCGCUUGUGGCCGACGACAGUGCAUGGGCAGAGCGUGCGAGCGUGAUCGGCGCGGGGAGUGGGGCGGGCGCGCUGGCGGCGUUAGUUUCCCGCGUCAACGCGUGCGUGUCCCACCUCGAACAGUUCCCCGUGCGAGUGCACGAUCUCCCCGCGCGGCCUGCAACCUCCGCGCUCAAGUUCUUCAAUACGCACCAACUCAUGUGUGAUCUCAAACGUCAUCCGAGCUGCUCAAACCUGAAACAGUGGAAGGGUGGCGUCGUUCGGAUAGACCCCCUAGCUUUAGUCCAAGCCAUUGAGAGGUAUCUGGCACAACGCGGCUACGCGCAACCGCGGUCGCGCGAGGGCUGCGCCGGCGCACACUCGGACGACGAGCCCGCCUCCGACGACGAUGUCGAGGACGCCCUCGCCACGCCGCCGCACCAUCCGCCAGACUCGGACCACAAGCUAGAGUUUCUGAUAGGCGACACGGUGCUGCCGUACAACAUGACUGUGUACCAGGCGGUGCGGCAGUUCGGCGAGCAGGCCGACGCCGAUACAGACACCGAGACACCACUAGCGAACGCCGGCAUAUGGGUGCAGACUCACACGAUAUACUACCGCGCGGUGGAGGCGAGCGAGCAGCGGGCAGAGGCGUCCGCCUCGCGCAAGGGCAAGGGCCAGCCCACCAAGAUCUCAUCUAGACGUAAACCUGAUCUCCUGUGGAAUGAGGGCGUGGUACCGAGUCGCGGUUCGCCGCUAGUGGCGCUGCUGCGUCGCGGGUGCUCGCUGGGCGCGGAGGUGCGCGACGCGUCGCUGCCCGCACUGAGCCUGCUGCGGGCGCUGCACGCACUGUCCCGCCACUGGCACACGCUGUACCGCGCGCCCUGCCUGCCCGACCACCGCCCGCUGGUGCCCAACGCGGAGUUCGUCAACGCCAAGCUCGCUGCCAAAGCCAACAGACAACUUCAAGAUCCUCUAGUGAUAAUGACAGGCAACUUGCCCCCGUGGUUAAAGCGAGUCGCAUAUUCAUGCCCAUUCAUAUUCCCGUUCGAGUGUCGUCACCUGCUAUUCUACGUGGUGUCGUUCGACCGGGACCGCGCGCUACAACGGCUGCUGGAGGCGGGCGGGGAGCGCGCGGCGGGCGGCGCCGACGAGCGGGUCGCCCCGCGCCUCGACCGCCGCAAGCGCACCGUGCAACGCGACAACGUGUUGCGCCAGGCCGAACAUGUUAUGCACGAGUUCGCGCAUUCCAAGGCAUUACUUGAGAUCCAGUACGAGAACGAAGUGGGCACCGGUUUGGGCCCUACCCUGGAAUUCUAUGCGCUCGUAUCACAGGAGUUGCAACGCGCCGAUUUAGACCUGUGGCACGGCAGCGAGAACUUCAAGCAGAAGCCCACGUCGUUCGGCGGGGAGAUAGUGAAGAGUCAGCCGCCGGUGGUCACCGAUAGAUCGUCGGACGCUGCGGCGCGACUGGCGUCUUCAGUCCGCGACGCUUUGAACCUCGACGAGGACAGAUCGCCUGAGCCGUCUGACCUCGAGAAGGAGACGUCGAUACCAACGCCGGCGCCCGACGCGACGUACGUGACGUGGCCGUGCGGCCUGUUCCCGCAGGCGGUCGGCCGCAACGCGCGCGCUUCCCAUCUCUCCCGCGUCAAGGCCAAGUUCCGCUUCCUCGGCAAGUUCAUGGCUAAAGCUGUCAUGGAUUCGAGAAUGGUGGACAUUCCGCUGUCGGUGUCAAUGUACCGGUGGCUGACGGGCGAGCAGGCGUGGCUGGGUUUGGGCGACGUGCGACACGUCGCGCCCGAGCUGUGGCGGUCGCUGUGUCGCCUGCGACAAGUCGCCGAGCGCGCGCACGCCAUACGCGACGACGCGAGACACACGCCGGAACAUCGGGCGCACUUGAUAAACGGGCUAGAACUUGACGGGUGUCCGAUCGAGGAGCUCGGUCUGGACUUCAUUCUGCCGGGUGACGGGUGCACGGAGCUGCGGCGCGGCGGUCGCGAUAUGCCCGUCACCGCACACAACCUGCACGACUAUAUUGGGCUCGUCACGCACUGGCUGCUAUAUGAAGGUGUACUAAAACAAAUGGAAGCAUUCAAGGAGGGUUUCGAAUCGGUAUUCCCGUUGAACAAUCUGAGGAUUUUCUACCCGGAGGAAUUGGAGCAGGUGUUCUGCGGAAGUUCGUCAGGAAGUCGCGAUCAACGCUGGGACCCAAGAAUGCUGGCGGACUGUAUACGCCCCGACCACGGCUACAACGCCGAAUCACGUGCCAUUCGUAUGCUCAUCGAUAUCCUCGCCUCGUACACCAGAGAGGAGCAGAGACUCUUCCUGCAGUUCGUCACUGGAAGCCCCCGGCUACCGACUGGAGGUUUCAAGGCAUUGAAUCCGCCGCUGACUGUGGUGCGUAAGUCUCUCGAGUCGUCCCUGGACCCCGACGAGUAUUUGCCGUCGGUGAUGACUUGUGUUAACUACCUGAAGUUGCCCGACUACAGCAGCGCGGAGGUGAUGCGCGCCAAGCUCCGCCUCGCAGCCUCAGAAGGCCAACACUCCUUCCAUUUGUCAUGAACGAUUCGAACUUUCUCGAUUAUUUUCAUUGAGUUCGACCCCAUAGUGAUUUUUUGUCUAAGAGCGAUUGUGGUUAGUGAUAUUAUAAAUUCCCUGGGAAGUAUCGUGCGCCCCGCCGACGACUUUAUGUGCAAUCAGAGUGAUUUAUUUUUCCAUGAGACAGACGCUCGAGUGCUGUGAACUAGUUUUGUUUUGUUUAGAUUAUAGAGAUAUGUUUAUAAUUAUAUUUUGUGUUAAUUUAAUGUGAUAGCUUUGUAUAUUUCUUUAUUUAGACUUUACUUAUAAUAGACGUAAUAAUGUGCAGAUGUGCUCAUUCGUGACCAGAACCUAAUCAUCUGUAUGGCAUUCGCUUGCACUGCAUCACAUGUAAGCUCGAGAACGUCCAAAUCUUGGUCAGGUCUGCACACAUAUUUAUAGCAUUUAUUAUUACCAAACGGUGUAUGUUUCGAGAAUAGGUAACAUAUAAAGAGUAAAGGAAAGUGCAAAAUUUAAUAUGUAAUAAUUUCAAUAAACUCUGUAAACAAUA